GCCGAUGGUAAGCUCUGUAGAACCGUUUUGUCGAAUUUUCCCAAGAGAAACAAUCCCUAGUUCUCUAAUAACCCUUGAUUUUGAACAUGUUUAAAAAUACCUUUCAAUCUGGGUUUCUCUCAAUCUUAUACAGCCUAGGGAGCAAACCUCUGCAAAUCUGGGAUAAAGAAGUUGAAAAUGGGCAUGUUAAACGACCCCAUGAUGAUGACAUUCAAUCGAAUGUGCUGGAAAUAAUUGGAUCAAAUAUUCAAUCAACUUUUAUCACUUGCCCAGCUGACCCUGCUGCAACGCUGGGUAUUAAGCUUCCGUUCUUGGUUAUGAUUGUUAAAAACUUGAAGAAAUAUUUCUCUUUUGAGAUCCAAGUUCUCGAUGAUAAGAACGUCCGGCGUCGUUUUCGUGCUUCUAACUUUCAAGCUGUCACUCGAGUAAAGCCAUAUAUAUGCACCAUGCCACUGAGAUUGGAUGAGGGUUGGAAUCAAAUUCAGUUGAAUCUGGCUGAUUAUACUCGAAGGGCCUAUGGCACGAACUAUGUCGAGACUCUACGUGUUCAGGUACAUGCAAAUUGCCGCCUAAGGAGGAUAUAUUUCUCUGAUCGCUUGUACUCCGAAGAGGAACUCCCACCAGAAUUCAAACUAUACCUUCCAAUGCAGAAAGUAUGAAAACAUCAUUUGGAACAUCUGAAGCCAUAAUUUCCAACUUGUCUGUGCUUCAUGGUCUCAAAAUGUGUUGCCAUUCAGCAGUUUAAUCAUGUAUGUACGGUUGCUAUAAUAGUAUUAGAUUAGCCAUUAGCUGAUUUUACAUUGAAGAACUGCUUGGCUUUGCACUUCAUAAUGGUGGUGAGAUCUUUACUUUUAA